AUGGCGAACCGGACGGACGCGAGCGCGGUGGCGGUGCACGGGAAGAACCCGCAGCUGCUGUUCAGCCGGAUAGUGCGGCGGAAAGUGUACGAAAGCUUCUUCUGGAAAGAAGAGUGCUUUGCUGCAACAGCAGCAACGGUGGCGGAGCUUGCUGCUGCGCUGCAGUACGUGGGCGGGACCUUCGGGGGCAUCCGCGCAGCCUCGCCCUUCCUGUGUCUCGUGCUGAAGCUGCUGCAGCUGCAGCCCGAGAAGGAGAUCAUUCUCGAGUUCAUCAAACAAGAAGACUUCAAAUAUCUGAGGGCGGUGGCUGCCUUUUACCUGCGGCUGGUGGGGCCCAGCGCCGAGGUGUACGUACACCUGGAGCCGCUGCUCGCGGACUACCGCAAGCUGCGGCUGCGGCUGCGCGACGGCAGCUUUCGGGUGUCUUUCAUGGACGAGUUUGUGGACCAGUGUUUGCGAAAUAAUAGUCUAUUUGAUGUGGAUUUUCCUCCGUUGGUGAAGCGGCCUGUGUUCGUGCUGCAGCAGCUGCUGCAGCCGCUGCGGCCGUCGGCGCUGGAGGUGGAAGCAGCAGCAGCAGCAGCGGCGGGCGCGGGCGCUGCUGCUGCUGCUGCGCCGCCGCUCACCGACGCGCAGGCGCACGCGCUGCUGCUCAGCAAACGCCUGCUGCAGCAGCAGCAGCAGAAGCUGCAGCAGCGCGUGCUGCAGCAAAGGGACAGGCAGCUGCAGCAGCAGCGCGAGAGGGAAGCAGCAAGGCAGGCCCGCCUCCUCGAGCGCGAAAACGCCCCCGACGACAAACGCAGGAAGCAGGACUUUUGCUUCCGCGAAAAGGAGACAAAUAAGGAGACAAAUAAGGAGACAAAUAAAGAAACAAAUAAAGAAAUGAAUAAAGAAAUGAAAAACAAUAAAGUUCACCAAGUCCACGAAGUCUGCAGGGACGGCAACUUCUCCAGGGAAAAGCACAGAGACCGAGAGACGGGCCACGAACUCCGCGCAGACCCCUUUGCUGCUGCUGCUGCUGCUGCUGCUGCUGCUGCUGCUGCUGCUGCUAAAGGGGACGCUUUUGUCAAAGGAGACAGAGACAAAGGAGACAGAGAGAGGGAGAAGGCGGAGAGGGGGGAGCUCGCCAGAGGAGACAAACUCAGCCACCGAGGAGACAGAGACAAAGGAGACAGAGACAAAGGAGACAGAGACAAAGACAGAGAUAAAGAUAGAGAUAAAGAUAGAGAUAAAGAUAGAGAUAGAGAUAGAGAUAGAGAUAGAGAUAGAGAUAAAGAUAAAGACAGAGAUAAAGACAGAGAUAGAGAUAGAGAUAAAGGAGACAGAGGAGACAGAGAUAGAGAUAGAGCCAGAGAUAGAGAUAAAGGAGACAGAGACAGAGACAGAGAUAAAGGAGAUAAAGGAGACAGAGACAGAGACAGAGAUAGAGACAGAGACAGAGAUAGAGACAGAGAUAGAGACAGAGAUAGAGACAGAGACAGAGACAGAGAUAGAGAUAAAGAUAAAGACAGAGACAGAGAUAGAGAUAAAGACAGAGACAGAGAUCGGGGAGACAGAGACAGAGAGAGAGGAGACAGAGAGAGAGGAGACAGAGAGAGAGGAGACAGAGACAGAGGAGACAGAGACAGAGAUAGAGACAGAGGAGACAGAGACAGAGAUAGAGACAGAGACAGAGGAGACAGAGGAGACAGAGACAGAGGAGACAGAGGAGACAGAGAGAGAAGAGACAGAGAGAGGGAACUGCGAGACAGAGACAGAGACAGGAGACGCGAGGCCAAGGCCCACAGGGACCGCCGAGACGCCAGCAGCAGCAGCAGCAGCAGCAGCAGCAGCAGCAGCAGCAGCAGCAGCAAGCAGACGGAGAAGCAAAGGGACGGCGAGUUGUCGGUCUCCCAGUGGAAUUCUAUUCGGCAAAAUCUGGGCCUUAAGCCCCUCAAGCAGUAG